CUAGAAAUGCCGAGCUGUCACCACUCACACCACAAGUAGUUGCUUUCAUGUAUUUCUAACAAUCAAAUUCCUAUGAAGAAGUCUAACAAAGAAAGAAUUGGAUUUGUUCUCAAACUGAUAUUUUUUCAGCUUGCUCUGUUUUGAAUGAGUGAAAGAAGGAAAAAGUCUUAAUAUAUUAGUCCAAGAUGUGAAUCUUGGAGCCGACCCCAUUUCGAAAGGACGUUUUUAUAGACCAGGACCAAGUUUUGAGCGCAGAUCUAGUCUACAUAACAUGCAAUUAUGGGACCGUGAGCUGGACUUGGUAUCUUUAUCUUUAUUAUUGAAAAAGAUGGAUGCUCACCUGACAAGCUGUAUGUAUCAUGGCCCUAUAUGUAUGUAUUUGCUGCUAUCGAAGUUUUUCACCGUAAGUUUAUUUUUUCACAGUUUAUCUAUUAUUCUAAAUGGUAAAUUACAUCGUUAGCCUGCUUACAAAGUUUUGAUAUUGGAAUAUUCUUACGAGAAAACUUUGGAAGAAGCAUUGUGGGGAACUUGUUGAUUAGUUAUUUAAAGUGUAGCUUUCCCUCCCGCCGAAGCUAUAAUAAGCAAUUGUUGUUACAUUGACAAGCUAAGAAUAUGUGCUUUGCUUUUUUUUUUUCUCUGCACACUUGGUUUUCUUUUCUCAAAUAAAAACUGCCGUUUCCCUCGUUAUUCCAAUUCAUUGGUUGUGAAAGAAUGGAGAUGGAAUUAGGACUCAAGUUCACUAGGGUAGCCGAUGAAUUCACGUCUGAUUUUCAACUCAUGAAAGACCGUGCGGGCCCUCUUUUCUUGUCCCGAGAAACAGACUCCAUGUUUAUCCUCACUGCUCAUCUCAAAGGUUUUUUUUUUUUUAUUGACAUAAACGAGGAUGCGACUUUAAUUGCAAUAAGCGGCGAAAAGCAGGUGAAAGAGACUGUAAUGGUGGGGUGGCAAGUGGUCAAGAAAGGUACAGAGACGAAGGUAUUCAAGAAAGUGUUCAAAAUCCCAGAUGGCGUAUUUUUGGACAAGAUCAAGGCCAAGUUUAACGAGGACGAAUCAACUCUCACAAUCACAAUGCCGAAGAAGGUGAAAGGAAUAAGAGGGACCCACAUUGAAGAAAUUAAAGAAAAUCAAGAGCUCGUUAAAGAGGGAUCGUCAAAUUUAGAGAAAAAGCCUUACAUGGAAACGAAGGAUGAGGCGGCGGCAACGAACGGCGACGGUGGUGGUGGUGUACAAAUCUAUGUGGAGACGAUGGUGGUGUAA